AUGUCAGGCCCUCUUAUCGGAACCCACAGCGGCCACUUCCACGCCGACGAGGCCCUGGCCGUCUACCUGUUGCGCCUGCUUCCCACCUACUCCAACAGCACUCUCGUCCGCACCCGCGACCCCGAAAAGCUCGCUCCCUGUCACACCGUCGUCGAUGUCGGUGGUGUUUACGAUGACGAGGCCAAGCGCUACGACCACCACCAGCGCGAGUUCACCACCACUUUCCCCAACCACUCGACCAAGCUCUCGUCUGCCGGUCUCGUCUACAUGCACUACGGCAAGGAUAUCAUCUGCGCCUGCACCGGUCUCGCCAAGGACUCGUCCGACGCCGAGCUGCUCUACCAGAAGCUGUACGACGACUUUGUCGAGGCAUUUGAUGCCAAUGACAACGGCGUCUCUGCCUACGACCCUAACGCCCUCCGCAAGGCCGGCAUCGAGAAGAAGUUCUCCGACCGCGGAUUCAGCAUCGCUUCGGUUGUCAACCGCCUCAACUACUCGCACCCCUCUCCCGUCGCCGUAGCCAAGCAUUCUCUCAGCACCGAGGGUGUCAGCACCGAAGGCGGCAUCUCCGUCCCUCUGACCUCCGAUGGCACCACAAAAUCGCCCGUCGAAGCACAAGCCGAGGAGGACGAGCGUUUCCUCAAGGCCUCGCAGUUCUGCGGUGACCAGUUCAUCUCUGAAUUGAUGGACAAGUUCCACUCAUGGUUGCCUGCUCGUGCCGUCGUCAAGCAAGCCUUUGGCGAUCGCUUCAAGUACGACGACAAGGGCCGUAUCAUGGUUGUUCCCCACCGUCCCGAGGGCUGCCCUUGGGCCGACCACCUCUACGCCCUGGAGAAGGAGACCUCCACCGAGGGUUCAGUCCUUUACGUCCUGUUCGCUGAGAGCGGCGAGGCCGACAGCAAGUGGCGCAUUCGCUCCGUCAGCCGCGAGUCCGGCAGCUUCGAGAACCGCAAGGAUAUGCCCGAUGCCUGGAAGGGUGUCAGAGAUGAGGAGCUGAGCAAGGUCUCCGGUGUCCCUGGCGGUGUCUUUGUCCACGCCUCUGGCUUCAUCGGCGGCAACAAGACCUUUGAGGGUGUCCUCGAGAUGGCCAAGAAGUCUGCCGACGCAUAG